AUGACAGAAAAAAAAUCAUCAACUAAUUCUCAAGAAGACGUACUACAAUUUCUUGAAGAUCUUGAUACCUAUUCUACAAAUCCGUCAACGAUUGAAACUAGAACUGAGGAUGAUGUUCAAUCUGUUCUUGAUUAUGUUGAUCAAAUAGUACAAACUUCGACUACUAAUACAAGCGUUAAACAAGGUUCUGAACAGAAGCUACAAAAAGAUGAAGCCAGUGGCAGUGAUGAUAAUAAUAGUGGAGCUUGGAGUUGGGGAAAUAUAUUGGCAUCUGCUUCAACAGCCUAUAAAACAGCCAGCACCGUUGUUGAUUCGUCUGUUAAAGGAGCAUUGGCAACAGUCGAAACAGUACGAGCAAACGAAGCAACUAAAAAGUUGGAAGAAAAAGUACGUUCAGAUCUUAAGUCAUUAAGUUUAAAUACACUUACAACAGUUGUUAAUGCGGUAGUUCCACCAAUUUCACAAUAUGAAAUUGUAGAAGUUUGGUUGGCACAUGAUAUGAUUGGAUAUAUUGGAUUGGAAUCAAUCGUUUAUCGUGGAUUUAUAAAGGUAAUGGAACAAGUUGAAGGAGGAGAUAUUAUUGUUAAGAAAGGUAAUAAUAAUGAAACAAAGAAAGUUAAUAUAACAGAUGAAUUAUAUAGAGAUUUAAAUGCAAAUAUUGAACAAACAAUCAAGAAACAUUAUGAUCCCAUUUCAUUAGAAAAAGAAAGAUUAAAGACAAAGGAAUCACAACAAAGAGAGACGCCAUCAAUUAUAUGCCCAGUAUUUAUGUCAAUACAACCAACAAAAGCUAAUCCAUACGUUAUACCAACUUUAUCAUCAUCCACACCAUCAACAGAUAAUGUUUCAGAAAAUUUUCUGUUCUUUGUAAUAGUAUUAACAGAUCCAACUCACAAUCUGACCUUCGAAACUUAUUCACAAGCAUUACCAAUUAGUUGGUUAGAUGUAAAAUAUGAAGAAAAUGAAUGGGUAGAAGAUAAAAUGGUUGCAUCAAUAAAACUAGCAGUACAAACAAUUGCUCAAGAUUAUGUUUGGCAUCGUAUGAAUUAUAGUAGUAAUCAACCUAUUAAGUAA